UCGCUUUUGGCAAGGUCAACAGUGCAAGAUGUAUCAAAGGUCCCGAUUGGCGAUUGCUGUUUUGGUUUUAGCUGUGUUGGCAGCUGAAGUUCAUACUGCACCUCACUAUGGUGACUCGCUUCGCAUGGUGAUUCUUAUGUUCCGUCAUGGAGGCCGAUCACCUAUUUCAAGCUAUCCCAAUGAUCCGUACCUGAACUAUCCGUGGGUCUCGGGCUUUGGAGCACUGCAACCGGUGGGCACUCAACAAACCUACCAGUUGGGUAAAAACUUGAGAGAACGUUACGAAUCGCUGAUUCCGUCGGAUGGCUACUAUACGACCCAGAAGAUUACCGCCACCAGCAGCAGCGUUGAGCGAGCGAUCAUGUCUGCGCAGUCCGUAUUGGCGGCCUUCUUGAAACCCAGUGGAAAUGCGAUCGAUAUUUCGAUUCGCUGGCAGCCGGUUCCGAUUUUCACCAUUCCUACCAAUGAUGAUUAUAUUCUUCAACAAACGCGUCCUUGCAACAAAUACAACCAAGAACUCGGACGACUCAUGGUGAGUCCGCCUGCGGAGUACCAAUCAUUUUUCGCAGAGCUCGCCCAGGAGUACGAUUAUUUGUCCAAAAAUACCGGAUCAACCAUCAACUCGUGGAUGUCUGUUCUUGGAAUUUACGAUACACUGAUUGCCGAAGACCGAAGUGGUCUGAAGCUUCCCGAAUGGACCAGCCGAGUAUUUCCAGAGAAGGCCGAAAAGGGUAUGGGAGGUGCUUUCCGAAUGAUGUCUGGAACUCCGACGAUGAAAUUGCUGAAGGGUGGAGCAACUUUCACCGAGUUCCUCAAGUUGAUGAAGGCCAAAAAGUCGAAAACCAUGAGCCCGGAUCGCUCAAUCUUCAUCUAUUCCGGUCACGAUCUUACCCAGGUAGCGCUGAUGGACAGCAUGGGUAUGCUGGAUCAGACUACCGAUAGGCCCGAGUACGCUUCGACGGUUGCCUUCGAGUUGCACGAGAACAGCUAUCUGCCUGGAGAUCUUGAAGUUCGCAUGGUGUACUUCAAGAAUUGGACCGUCAAAGUGCCGCAAUCUUUGACGAUUCCCGGAUGUCCCAGCCCGUGUGCCGUCAGCAAGCUGGAGGAAUCGAUGCGUGCCAUCAUUUUGGACAACUACGAUGCCGCUUGCGCUGUUUAAGGUUAUGCGAUUUGAUAUGAUCAGAUUUUAAGCUUGUUUUGAGGUUAUGAAAUAAAAUAAAGGUGAAAUCAUACAA